AUGGAUCAAGCUACCAAUGGGUCCUCAGAUGACCUCAGCGACACAAACUUCUUCCAGUUUGGGAACCAUGUCUUCAUCCGUGAAUCAACGGAAGGUCCGUGGAUUGCUCUCGGUGAUGCCAUCGUCGAUGGCCAAUACUCCUUCGACGCUGACCUCGUCGAUUCAUCCAAUGGUCAAAAUACUACUACUACUCCCUCACAAGUUCCUUCCGAAACGGAUCCGACCUCAAUAUCCGAUCCGUACAGUGCAACGGACCUAGGUGCACAGCGUCAGUCCCCAAAAGAAGAGCAGCCACUGGUAGACUCCUUGCAGCCUCAUGACCUCCUGUUGAGAGGGAUUGGCCAGGGAUACCCCAUGGAAUAUCCCCAGGACCUACCUAUGAACCUCAAAGCUUCCGGGGGUGAGAACGCUAUAAAUCAAGCCUCUCCAUCUUCGACUCCCGUUCGUCAAGAGCCCAUCUCACAGACGGCCCCUGCGCAAGGCAGCAUGGGUAUCCCCCGUCAGGAAGUUGACACCACCUUGGACCUUCCUUAUCUCGAAGAGAAUGUCAUGUGGGUCUUAGCCCAAAAUCCGAGCCAUGAAAGACUGCUCCAGACAAGCAAGCGCCUAGGUGUCGUCUGGAACCAGGUCAUUGCGCAUCUGAAUGCCCUCGGGAACGAGGAGAUGCCGCCUCCGCCUCCGCCGCUCGCCAAUGAGUCAGGUGACAAUGAGGAAAAGGAGAUUGACAGAACCCGGCCAUACUACAAGUGUUGUAUCUGCGGAAUGGAAACACCAACACUUCAUGUCAUCAAGAGGCAUGCCGCCGACAAGCACUUCCCGGAAUACGAAUACUACUGCCAUCAUGACGAUGGGCAUUGUACGCUGCUCCGGGAGCCCCCACGUCGCCGUGAUAAAAUCUUGGACCAUUAUCGCAUGCACCACGGGGGUGUGCCUGUUGGAAACAUCAUCAAUCAAAAAAGGGUCCCUCUUCCCUGCGAGUCCGUGUGCAAAUUCUGUCCGCGAAACGUCCAAACUUGGAAACAAUUCUAUGCUUGUUUCGCGGAGCAUUGUUUCGUAAAGCCAGCGUCGUCCAACAUUGGCUCAUCUCAACGAGAUGAUAAUGAUCGCGCCAAUAAGAAGCGCAAAAAUGGCCCUGACCACGACACACUGGGCGGCGGCGCAGGUGCCGCAGGUCCAGCUUCGUCUCAACAAGGAUAUGGACAUUCUGGAUAUGCAACUGGGCAAGGGCAGCACCAUUUUACCUCUGGUACCAGCCGAAACCAGAUGAGCAAUGUCGACUCAAGGCCAUUGCUUCAAGACCGCUCGGCGUCCGAUCCUUCUAACGGAAGAACAAAGGGCCCACACCUAAAGGCCACACACCCUCCUAAAUCUAAACCACGGGCCUCUGGUUCUGGCGGUGGCUCGGGCGGCGUCACAAAGGGGCUGCCCAAGAAAAAGAGCAGCAAACCUCGAGUUGACCCGCGCAAAUCACAAGACCAAACAUCCUCCCAACCGCCAGUAGACAAGUGCAAGUCUUGCCCGCAUAUAUUCGGCACCUGCCUCCAAUGCUGUAAUGCUCCACCGUCCGGAAAUUGGUGUCAUGAGUGUCCAAACAUGAGGGCCGCUCAAUCCAUGCAGGCCGGCACCCUCAAUGUCAACCGAGCGUCGGGAGUUUCUCCUAUCAAUAGCCAGCCUAUGGGAUUUCCCCAGCAUGCCCAAUACAACCCUCAGGGACUUCAUGGCGCUAGGUCGAGCAUUCCCAUGGUGCCUCGCGGCAGCCCCACCUACGCGGCGAUCCAGCAGCAGCUUCUGAGACAGCGAGCUCAAGCCCAGGGUAUGGGACCUCGCAUGAACACUCAGCAAGGCUUUUUCGGAGGCAACUCGUCCUAUAUGACCAACGCAGUGCAUGAUGUCCAAGUCCGUGGCAUGUCUGAGCUCGAGAUGGAGACCUCAAUCAUAGGCUCCAAGAGCAAAUUCGACCCCAAGAAGACUACAUGUUCAAACAUUUUGUCUGUCGUCCUCCCCUUCCGAGGCUCCCCUCCACCACUCCGCAAGUCCCUCAUGGGCAUGACUUCGAUUCCUGCUAGUGCAAUGGGGAUGAUCACUCGGCAAUUCAUCGGCCCUGUUCCCUUAACCAAAGUCAAUCCUUCUAUGUGCCAGUGUGCUUGCCGCACCAAGUCUCAAGGGACAUACUUUGCCCGUGGUCGCAUGGAUAUGGCAGGCGGAAGAAGGAUCGAACUAGACUUCAAGAUGGCGCCUGAAGCCCGUGGCACGGGUCACCCACUACGCACACGCAUUCAGGUAGUCGUGAAAAUGUUACGACUUCGAUCUUCCGCCACAAGAUCGGCAAGUGCGAAACAUAAGCAGGAGGCCCAUGAUGCAAUCAAAAAGGCCCUUGAGGCUACUCUGGAUGGCUCUGAAACCAAAACCAUCCCCUGUGAGGAUGAGGCCAAGGUUGCUGAGCUAGGCAGCUCAGAUUACGACUCGGAUGUGGAAUCGGUCACCGAUUCUAUCUUCUCAUCGUGCUCACGAGUUUCAUCUUGCACCGACUUCGCACAGCUUUCUUCUCCACCAUCCAGCCCACCUGCCUUGACAUUCUCGAGAACAUCAUCCUUCACUGACCUUACGUUGGCAUCUCCGCAUUGUAGCCCUGAGCUCUCUGCGUGCCCCAAGAAGUCGUCUUGCACAGACCUGGAGCUGCCUGGGCUAAGCUUACCCUUCCGCCAGAAGUGGAAUGAUGACACGCUCAGCAGUGAGGAGCACUCAGUCCACGACCUGGAAGCCUAUGAGGAAGAGGAGAAGGAGCUCGAGCUCACGUUCGACCUUGAUCUGAAGUCAUCGCUCGACAUGCUCGCUCGUUGGACGGGAGUGCCGACCGAUGAUCUUCGCUCGAGUGUAUCGGUCUGGGAUCCAGACAGGGUCUUCAAAUAUAUCAUGAACCAUUUGCUGUUUGUUAUAUUCUCGCUCGCCCGCUCGGGAGGCAAUGAUCCCAACCCCUGCUGGGACAAGAAGCGUCCGUCCCAUUCCUGA